UGUCAAAUUUGAAAUUCCUAUUUUCCUUUGUGGUAGAAAAACUUAGAACAAGUUUUUGAGAAAUCUCUAAUUUUAUUUCAUGACUUGCUGUGUUAAAUAUUAUUGACAUUAUGAAUCAUCCUAAAUGUGAAUGUAAAGAGAAUAGACCUGGAGCCGCCGGCAGGCCAGUUUGUGGAUGUUCGUCGUCGCAAAAAAACCCAGAUGGAUUCAAAGUGCCUACGAUCCCAGUGACCCGUCCCCUGCAAAACGCUAAUAAACAUAACGAUAAGGAACCAGCACCAAAAGAAGAUAAGAAAAAGCAGUGGUCGCUUUCAGAUUUUGACCUGGGAAGGCCACUAGGAAAGGGUAAGUUUGGCAAUGUUUACCUGGCACGUGAGAAGGAAUCACAUUAUGUUGUCGCUCUGAAAGUGCUAUUUAAAAGCCAAAUAUUAGAUUCUGAGAUUGAGCAUCAGGUGCGCAGGGAGGUCGAGAUACAGUGUCGUCUUCGCCAUCCCAAUAUUUUACGCAUGUACGGCUACUUUCACGACGAGAAACGGAUUUAUUUAAUUUUGGAGUACGCAAAACAAGGCGCACUGUAUAAGCUGCUGAAGGAACGCGGGCGCUUCGACGAGAAAACAGCAGCAAUUUACGUGCGAGAUCUCACAAAAGCUUUAAUUUAUUGCCAUUCAAAGAAGGUCAUUCAUCGUGACAUUAAACCCGAGAAUUUACUGAUCGGACACAAUUUUGAACUUAAAAUAGCUGACUUUGGCUGGUCGGUGCACUCCCCUUCAUCGAGACGCAUGACAUUAUGUGGUACCUUGGAUUAUUUGUCUCCUGAAAUGAUAGAGGGUAAGCCCCAUAGCUAUGCAGUUGAUAUUUGGAGUCUAGGAGUUCUUUGUUAUGAAUUACUGGUCGGUCUUCCACCAUUCGACGCCAAGGACUCCCAUCAAACAUAUAGAAAAAUAAGAUAUGUGAUUAUUAAGUAUCCUGAUUUUAUUUCGGACAAAGCUAAAGAUUUGAUGGGAAAGUUGCUCGUUAUUCAGCCCGAGCAGCGACUUCCUCUGACCAGUGUGCUGCAACAUCCCUGGAUAACGGAGAAUGCUCCUGAAGGUGUGUUGCCUCCUGUUCAUCAACCGGAGCAAAAAUGAGUGAUAGUUCUAGGAUGGAAAUAGUCUAAUUUGAUAUCACUGCCAAUAGAUACUUACUGUUUAAUUCUUAUCUUCAAUUGUAUUUUAAUAUUUAGAUACGAAUUUCAUAAAUUUGCAUAGUCAAUCAAAUAAUAUUAUGGUAAAAUUUUAAUAAUUCACAGAUUAAUUAUGUAUUAUGUAACUAGACUAAAUUUAGGUUUAUACGCGCAACUCACAUAUAACUCUCAAGAUAUUGUGUCUUAUGGUCUCAGUUUUGUAUUAAGUUUAAAAUUGUUUUAAGUAAUGUUUUUUGUAACAUCUUUAAUGCCAGAACAUGAACAUGUUCAUGUUGGUCAAACAAACAAGUUUCUAGUGACUUAAAAGAAAUCAAUUAAGGAAAUGUUUUAACUUUGAUUAUAAUACUAACAUCUUUAAAUUAUGUAGACUUCAAUUUGUAAAUAAUAAGUUAUAUUUAUCAUGUCUUUAAAAAAUACUUAACCUAUCGUGAUGGUUUUUAGGGUUCCGUAGUUCUUGAUUUGUAUGACUACUUUUAAGACUGACCGAUAAAAUUCAGAUUAAAACAAAUGCAUUGAGGUGCCUUAUGUUAUAAUAUUAAUGUAUUUAUGGUGUAAAUAAAUUAAGUUGA